CAGGAAGUAACAAGUCUACAUGCAUGGCAGGAAGAAGAGCUGUUGAACAGAGCAGCUCACCCCGUCCUCCUGAGGCUCCACAUACAGCUCAUCACCGAUCCUGGACAGAGAGUGGAUGGCUUUGGCCAGCACUGGACGGGCGUCAGAUCUGAGGCACAUUGCAACGUUUGUCCUCCCUUCACCAGUGAUAGAAAUGUCUGUUACUGAAGGGGAAUGACUCAGACAACCUUGUGUGAGUUGAAACCAACGACAUUUCAGAAGACAGAAAGAGUUUGAACAGACACAAGAGGAGAAAAGACAGAUUUCUGUCAAAAACAUCGCUGAAACUUUGAAGGAUUAUGGAGGAGAGGAAGAAGACUGAGAGUGGAACAUCCAUCCAACACAACGAAAAAGAGGAAGCUGAGGAAUAUAAACCUUAGGAGCCGGACCUUUCUUGAUUCUUUUUUGGAAGAAUAAUGGAAAAUGAUUGGGGGGUUGAAAAUGAAGAGACCCGCCAUCACAGAAAAAUAAACAACAGAAGUUGGACAACAUGAUGAAACAUAGAUAAUUUAUUCUUUCAUGGACUUUUGUGUUUCUUUAAAGAAAGACUUGACAUCAUUCUUCAGGGAAGUCAACCCUGUUUGGAGGACUACCCUGUUAUGUUUUCACAUGCUUUUCUGGAUUUAACACACAGCAGUUCUCUUCCUAGAUGUCUCAGUCACGUAAUCCGACAGACACUCAGGCCCUGCUGCAGUCCAUGCUGCAGAGACUGAAGCUCCAGCCGGGGAAAGAGGGCCAGGUGUAUCUGCAGGCACCUGCAUCAAAUACAGCUGCUUCUACAUGGGGCCAGGAUGGAGAGAGGGCUACCCCAGACCUCCAGGGAGCAAACAGCAGUCCUGUGAAUGGAUUUGAGUUUGGUACCAGUGGCAUCACCUCAAAAGAGCUUUCUGCACAUAAACCAGGUCAUGCGUAUGAAGUUGGCAGAGGUGAUAUUUCCUCCCCCACCCAUAAAGAAAACAGUGACAGUGACCCGGGUGAGAUCAGGGUGUUGGGACAGAACGCACAGAUCUCAACAGGAACAGAGCAGCUGCUUCCUGAGAAAUCACUCAAAGAUGUGGGUAUCUCUUCCUCUGAGAGGACUGAUGAGGGAAGCUUUGGCAGUGCAAUGAUAAGUCCAUCUCUCAGAGAUAAAGAUGCUGUAACAAGUACAAAACAGGGUCAAGGCUUCACACCCAGAGUCUAUGCGUGGUCCUUACAGCCUGCAGACAGACAUAUUAACACAGGAAGUAACGAGGACGAAGUGUUGCACAUGGGAAAUGGAGGAUUUGAAGCUACAGGCAUGCAGGUCGUCCCGGCAGGGAAAACAAACAGCCUCACCAGAAGACAGCAGCGAGCAGCUGGGAAUAAAACGAGAAGGUGGACUCAGAAAAUCAAGGAGAGAUGGAGGGAGAGGCAAGGCAGUCUAGGCAAAAAGGGAAAAGGAGAAGGAGAUGAUAAGACAGAGCAAAGGACUUCAAUUUUACCUGAGAACAAGCUGACAACUGCAGAAACUCUCACCAAUACAUCAAAUAAGGAGGAAGUGACGCCCCCCUCACUGGAUGGUCAGAUCUCUUCUGCACACACAGAGGAUGGCACCAAUGAAGCAUUUAUGAGGUCAACAGGAGACUUUGAGUUCGGCCUGGGCUCGUUCAGUUUACUGGACGAGAUUGUUACGGGUCAAGAGUGGGCAAAGUUCCUAAACCCAAACUCAUCAGCAAACUCAGAUUAUCAGAGACCACCAGAAGAACUCCAGAUCCCUCAAAAUCAUCACCAUACUGUGAUUACAAACCAGUAUGGAGAUGAGAACAAACAGCUGGCUACAGCUGACUCAGAUGUCAGCAUGGCUCAAACAUCAUCAGGUUUCGUGCCCGUCAGCAUGGACGUAUCAGGGAUAAAACAACAGCGUGAUGUUCACAGUGAAGCUGACCAAUCUGAGCCAAUGGAACAUGGGAACAGCCAAUCAGAGCAGCAGGCUGAAGAGAGAGGACAGCGACAGAGACCUGCGUUGUUUCUAAGGCCUGCAGACCUUCUGGACAACUCAGCACUAAAGAGCCGAGUCCAGCUCAACAGAAAGAGGCAGCAUCAGUCAGCUGGGAGUAAAGACCUCAGUUUUCAAAUGGAGAGAACAGAGAUCUCUGUAUCAUCAGAAAACGGGACGAUGAAGGAGACAAAAGAGGAAUCACACCACAGUAUUCAGCCUUUGUACAACCUAAACUCUCCUCAGCCUCUGUCUCCUUCUGCUGCUCCACCCAAGGGUGUCCUCAAACACUCAAUCUCCCAAGAUUCAGAGUCCUCAAUGGAAGUAGAGACAAAAAGGAGGCGAGUUGAGGAGAACCGGCGAGUCCGCUUCUCAGAGGAGGUGCAGACCAUCCCUCCUCCGGAGCUGGACCUGGAACUUUCAGGGUCAGAAGAGGACGACUCAGGAGCAGAUGAGGACUCUGUGAUCGAGCAGGAGUGUGAUAAGGAGCAGACAGCAAUGGAGCAGGUGGCACCCACUCGCCGGGCGGCUUUGCCUGCCUGGAUUCUGGCUUUAAAGAGGAAGAACACUGGGAGGAAGAACAGAUAGAGUGCAGAAGUACUGAGGCCUAAAAAUGUUUUCAUCUAGUGUAAAGUUUCAGAAAAAGAUGCAUUAGAUCAAAAGUGUCUCAGUAAGUAAACCCCGAUGGUGCCAUCAUAUGCACCAUAACCUCACUUUUAAAGACUUACAAGAAAAAAAGUCUUUCAGAGUUAAAACCCUCUGCAGUGCACACAGAACUGUUGGAUUUCUCCAGGACUUAAAAAGAAAAGACAUAAAAAAGUAAUGCAGCCUUUUUCUUAGAGCUUUUUCUUAGAGCUUGCCACUAAUAAGGAAAUCUUGUUGUUAUGAAAUUAGAUUUCUCAACACCAGCACUUGUACAGUUUUUUAAACACUUUAUAUUUUUUCUGUUUGGACUGGAUUAUGUAGCAUCAAUGUUUGGUUAACUGCAUCCAGCAGAAUUAAGAUGUCUCCUCCUUUAUAUCCAUAAUCUCCUCUCUGUCCUGCUGUCCCUCCAUCUCCUUGUAGUGUUGUGUUCACACUAGACCCUAACGAUCUCCUUUGCACUCAUAUCUGCGCACGGAUAUAGGGAGUUUACUCGCUCAAUUUCUUAUUUUUGCGAAUGACUCCACUCCUGUGCAACGAUCGCCACAAGAUGCUAGAGUUGAAGACUUCCUUCUCCCACAUCCAGCAUUUCAGUCACUUGUCAACAGACAUGGCUGAGCUUGACUACAUUGAGAGCAUUACUGCUUUGUUGUUGCUGUUGAAAUUCCAAACCAAUAGUAGCAGAUGCUAAAAUCAAGGCAAUCUGACUUCCUCACUUACUUUCCUCCAAGUAAGCUUCUUUUUGGUCCUGUGCCGGUAGAACAGGCUCGUGUCGUAAAGCUCAGGGUAGCCACAGACAGACUCCACAAGUGUCCCCUCCAUUUUCCAGCUGGAUGAACCUUGUCCCCCAAGGCUGGUCCUUCGGAGAUCCUCAGGUGAAGUAUGUAAAAUAUAUUAUCGGGGGAUCUCCAUGCUGUUUGGCCACCACGACGCGAAUGAUUUACUUAAGUUCAGAUUUUUCAACUCUCGUGAAUAAGCAAAUAAAGCAAACGUUGGUUGAGCGCGGCACAAAUUCGCCUCAUACACACAAAUUACGAUUCAGGCCUCACAUUUGCAGCAUUCAUGUCAGUUGAGGUGAACUUGCGUCUACUCGCGUCUUCACAUUGACUUUAAAUGUAAUUAACUCGUGUGAAUGAUUUUACUCGCAUCUGGUGUGAACACAACAUGAGAACGAAGAGAUAUGAAUAAGACUUUUGCUGAAGCAGGAGCUGCAGAUUCCAGUGGUUAUUUUUCUUAAUGUUAUGUAAUAAAAAUCAUAAACAGCUUCUAUUUAACAUCACAAGCCAAGUUCUGUUGAUGCUUGCUUUCAGCUGUGAGAUUAAGAGAACAUAAAAAUGUAUUUAUUAUUGUAGUACCAUUCUUCCAUACUAAUACAAGAGAUUGAUAUCACUUGCACGUGUGAUUGACAGUUUAUGCUUCUUCUCAGAGAAAAUACUUCAGCCAGCCAUAGUAAAUGUCUAGUUAAUUUAAAGGAAAGCGAAUGGACAAGGUUGUUUCUGCCUUUUGGCUAGGCAAAGCAGAAAAAUAUGAUUUUUUUAUUCAUAACUUUAUAACUUCUGUAAGGAGAUUUUUUGCAGGAUAUGAAAUGGAUUAAAAUAAAUAGCUAUGUCAGUUUAUGACAUGCAAAAGUAAAAAAAUGACCUUCAAAGCAGAUGGAUA